AUGGCUUUGGCACCGUCGCUGUCCCCAACGCUGCUACUAGCCGUGCUCAAAAAGUACCUCACCUUCAUCGGGCCCGGGGUGCUCGUGCUGGUCGCCUACAUGGACCCGGGCAACUACCUGACCCUGGUGCUGCUGGGGGCGAUGUAUCAGUAUAAGUUGUUGUUUAUGAUCGCCAUGCUGAACAUUUUCGCCGUUUUCUUACAGUGUUUGUGUAUCAAGUUGGGUACGGUCACCGGUCUCGACUUGGCGGAGAUGUGCCGGUUGCAUUUGCCCUACUGGGCCAACUUGCCGAUGUACGUGUUUGCCGAGCUUGCCAUCAUCGCUACUGACCUCGCCGAGGUCGUCGGCACUGCUAUCGCCUUAGAAAUCUUGUUUGGCAUCCCGCUUUUGCUCGGGGUGUUGGUGACGGUUUUGGACGUCCUUGUGGUACUUAUGGCCUACCACAAGGACGGGCUGAUGAAACAGACCCGUAUCUUCGAACAGCUUGUGUCAGUAUUGGUGUUGGGUACCUGUGUGUGUUUUGUCGCCGAGUUAUACUACUGUGAUUUCGCUCCCGGCAGUUUCAAAGAGAUUGUGCGGGGCUUCCUCCCCUUAGACCGCCAGAUCUUCGUCGAACGCGACGCGCUUUUCCUCAGUUGCGGCAUUGUUGGGCUGACGGUGAUGCCUCACUCGCUCUACUUGGGCUCCGCGCUCGUCCAGCCCCGUUUGAAGGACUAUGACGUCCAGCACGGCAUUAUUGACGAGGCCGACCUCGCCACCGAAGAUGACGACGACCACCAGCCGGACUCGUUGCCGGUGACCGCGUCCAAGUUCCGCUCGUUCUCCGACGGCACCACCUUGACCAGCAAGUACAAGCCGCUGUUCCGCGCCAUCAACUACUGCCUCAACUACUCGUACACCGAGCUCGUGCUCUCGCUUUUCAUCAUCGCCGUGUUCGUCAACCUGGCAAUCUUGAUCGUCGCCGGGUGCACCCUUUACGGCAAGCCCGACGCCGAGGACGCCGACUUGUUGCUGAUCUACCACAUGUUGCUGUACUACAUCCUGCCUGGGGCGGGGCUCUUAUUUGCCAUCCUGAUGUUGUUUGCCGGCCAGCUGGCGGGGAUUGUGUGCACGAUGCUGGGGCAGAUCAUCUCCGAAGGGUUCAUCAACUGGCUGGUGAAGCCGUGGGUGCGGCGCAUCAUCACCCGCACCUUGGCCAUCAUCCCCGUCGUCAUCGUCAUCGGCACCUUGGGCCGCGAGGGCGUCGCCAAGGUGAUGAACUCGUCCCAGGUGGUGUUGCUGUUCAUCUUGCCCAUCGUGUCGGCCCCGCUCAUCUACUUCACUUGCUCGAAGAAGUACAUGACCGUCAUCGAUACCUCGGCCGCCUCAGACACCCAGCCGCUUCUCCAGCUGUCGCUGGAGGGAGCGAAAAAGUACACCUUCGAAAACGGCACCUUCUUGCGGGUGGGGCUGGUGCUCACCUGGAUCAUCAUCACUUUCUUAAACGGGUACUUGUUGUGGGCGUUUGCCCACGGCGCCCAGAUUUAG